AUGAUCAAGAGUAAAAAAUCGUUGUUAAAGAAAGAGUUUGAGUUGUUUACGAGUGUGCCUGGAGAAACUACAAAGACUCUCAUUGAAAGAUAUUGUCAUCUUGUGCGUUCGAUGUCUCAGUUGAAAAUUACUAAAUCUCCAGAUGAAUGGGUUGAGAAGCUAGCUAAUGCGUUACUGCAGAAAGAAUGGGACACCAUGCCAUCAUCUUCAGAUACUGGAGUAUCGGAUACUUUGGAUCCUAUAACGAUCGUGUCGGACGAUGAGAUUCUGUCAGAGAGUGAGGUUUACACAUCAGACACUACUAGCACAGAUGAGGAUGACUUCCAGCCGUUUGCUCUUCCUGAUUUUGGGGACGAUAUUCCUAUUGCUGAUGGCCUUUUCGGCGGAGACCUACCUCUUCUUCAGGUCCCUGCUCCUCUACCGCUCGCCGCAGUUCCUCUCGAGGAUCUGCCUCAUGAUGAGUUCACUGAUGAUGACAUCGAUUUGUUCCUAGAGGGUCCCCCGGAGGGUGACCAGGAUGGUGUGGCCCUCAUGGAUGCCGAUGUCCCUUUUGCUGAUGAUCCUGUUGUCGACCCUGUUGUUCCCUUGGCUGAGAUUCCUGCUGAUGUGCCCAUUGCUGAUCCCGUAGUUCCAGUCGAGGCUCCUAUUAAGGAGGCUCCUUUUGAUCUAUUCGGUCCUUACUCAUUCGAGUCUGUAGCGUCCGCUUCACUGCACGCCCAGGGCAUACAGCACUAUUCCUCUGACUCCGACUCAGACAUGGCGAUGUCUGUUGCGCCCCUCGUUCCCCACGACGUUGACCCAGAUCCGGAGGUUGAGUUUUUGCCUGUUGAGCCAGCUCCAGUUGGUCCGGAGCCGGUCGUUGCUCAUGACCCCAUUGUUGCCCCACCUGUUGCACAUUUGCCAGACCCUUUACCUGAGCCUGCUCAUGUCGAUAUGCCAGAAAUAGCACCACAUGUCAUUGUUGCGCCCGUCGAUUUACCACCGGAUGAUGAUGACUACCUACCGUUUGUGCUACCCAUCACUCCUCCUGUAGCACCUGUUUCCGCACCUAUUGAGAUUCCAUUGUUUCACCCACACACCUCUGACGUCUAUCGCACUGAUCUUCCCAUCACAUACCUCCAGGACAUUCCGCCACCUCGUCCUGGGGAGGGUUCAUCGAGGCAGCCGCCUGUUUUUGUUCCACCUGUAUCGUCAUCAGUUCUGUUCAUGUCUCAGUUCCCUCACACUGCACCACCUAUUGUACCUUCCGGGGAGCCGUUUCUGUGGGCUUCGCCCAAUGUUAUGCCGUUGUCAGACCCGUACCACCCUUUUCAUGUGGGGUACACGACAGAGGACAUACUCAUCUCUCUACAGCUACAGCAGGACGCACUUAGUCGUCGCAUUCAGUAG